CUUUAGUAAUUGCCAAAGGAAGUCAGCUUCUCAAAUACGGGAAGACACCCGAACCACAACCACGCGAUAUCCCAUCGUCUGACGUAGUAUAGGCGAAAACGCUGAAGGAGUAACAAAUACCACGAAGUUCGCUACAUUCAUUUUCCACUUUCUGACCACCGGAUUUUGAAUUAAACAUUAGUCAUAUUGAGACAUUCCAUCACUCGCUGUGCCCAAAGGGAGUCAUAUCAAGUUAACUGUUCAUUUCGUGAUCGCAAGCUGAUAAAACAAUCCGUUGGGAGAACUUUAAAAUCGCAAAUUAUUCUACAAACCGCCACAUUUUACUUGUAAAUUAAAAAACAAUGUAUAUGAACGAAGCGCAAAGCGUUCCAGUGGUUCCAGAUGCAUCGCUCUACCCUCACGAUGCCUUAAUAUCCGACGAACAAUCAUUAUUUGACUCAAACUAUGAGCCAUUCAAGCCGACAAAAUCACAAAAAGUUGACAGCGGUUCAUGGGGAAGUAACAAGCGUUCCUUAGACAGCACCGAUCGUGAUGCGCCAAGUCCAAAACGCGCAUUUACAGCAUCAAGCAGCGAAUUUCUCGAUCGAAGUUCGCCAGCACCGGUCGUACCGAAUGGUCAAGAUUUUGAUAAACGGGUUAUCGUUCCCGCAGAUCCUAUGUGCUGGACUAAAGAGCACGUUAAGCAAUGGAUUCAAUGGGCAAUCAAAGAAUUCAGUCUACGCGACAUCGACGUCGACUGUUUCGACAUGAUCGGCAAGGAACUUUGCAAGUUGACAAGAGAGGACUUUUUAAAAUUAGCACCGGCUUACAACGGAGAUAUUCUUAUGGCUCAUCUCUGUGUUUUACGAAGAACUCCCUUGCCAAACCUCACAUCUGAGGAUAUUGAUCGAGCAUUAGCGCCUUCCGUCGCUUCAAGCACGUCUUACGCAGGUUCGCAUUACAAUGCAACAGCUCAUUAUGAAUCGAGGAAUUUAAUUCCAGGCAGUGACAACUCUUCUUAUGCUGACCGUAGUUCAACAUCUUGGCCAUCUAGUAGCCAAACUGGUGAACGAUCGGCUGGUUCCUGGUCAUCGCAAAGCCAAACAAAUCGUCUAACGCAUAUGAAAGACUCUAUGGCGAUUGUUCCAAGCAGGAGUAUUACUAGUUCACCUCAGUUGCAAGGUGCUUACCCUGGCAACACACUCGCAACUAGAGCUGAUACAAACGCGGGUAGUGGUCAAAUUCAGCUGUGGCAAUUUCUACUCGAACUUCUUUCCGAUCCUAAAAACUCUCAUUUCAUCACGUGGGAAGGAACAAACGGAGAAUUCAAGUUAAUCGAUCCCGACGAAGUAGCGCGCCGCUGGGGGGAAAGAAAGAACAAGCCGAAUAUGAACUAUGAUAAACUAAGUCGGGCAUUACGAUACUACUACGACAAAAAUAUCAUGUCGAAGAUUCAUGGCAAAAGAUACGCAUACAAAUUCGACUUCCACGGUCUAGCUCAACUCAAUCAACCUAUCACGUCCGACGCUCAAGCCCACGCCCAAGCUGUGUACAAAUUCCCAGGGGCAGACUUCUAUCCUGGUUUCGCAGGAGCGCCCUUCUAUCCAGGCUCCAGCCCAGGGCAAUAUUGGUCUAGUCAGUACUGGGCUAGAGGCCCCACGCCGCAAACACAACAUAUGUACAGUGGACCAAUACGAGCUCUACCAUACUACGCAUAAUCAUCGCCAUAAAAUAAACUUUUAUCAAAUGGUGAACAUUGACCAUGCUUCAUUUUAGGCAAUUCCCAUCCCCACGACAUAGACUAUUUAUGAACGCUAAGCAAGCGCAAAUCAAAUGUUAUUUUGUAUGGAGAUCGUUAUAUUUGUAAAUACUUCACCGACAUCCAUCCACAAAGUAAUAGAAAUUAUAUACAUUCAUCAAGAAUGUUUUAACGGCGCCGGCCAAAAACUGGUCACGAGAGCAUGAGAGAGGAGGAUACAGAGUGUGCGAGUUAAAAGAGCGAGAUUUAUACGACGAGUUUGUAGAUGAUUGUAUGUAUAAUAUUGAAAUAAUUAGUAGGAAUGCUAUUUAUUUUUAUCAAAAUGUAUAAUGAAAAACAAAGAAAUAC